AUGACAGAAAAGCCCCAGCCAGUGUCGACGCAGCUCGCGACUCCUAGUCAGACCCUCUUCGCUCCCCCGAGUGUACCAGUCUCAACCCACGAUGUUCCACGAAAGGUCGAGACAGUAGAGGAAGAAGAGCCCUACACUAUCAAGUGUAUUUGUCACUUCUCUGAUGAUGACGGAAACACGAUUUACUGCGAGACAUGCGAUACCUGGCAGCACAUUGAGUGCUUCUACCCCAAUAGCCGCGAGGAGGCUCUCCGUGAGGACUUUGCCCAUUCGUGUGCUGACUGCAAACCACGCCCUUUGGAUCGGCAAAAGGCUAUCGAGCGAACCCGUCGACUGAAGAAUGGCGGUGCUUCGGGAGAAACGCCAGACAAGAAGACCAAACGGCUUCCUACCAAAAGCCACAAGAAAAAACCGAAGCCCAACGAAUUGCAAUUGAACGGCCACCCAGGGGGCCAAGAAAAUGCAAAGCACGGAAGUCCGAGCGACCAUCCUCCUCCCCCAGCCAAAAAAACGAAAUCAUCCCAUCGACCUUCACACUCGAUAAGUUCGCAGAGUGCGAAGCGGAGCCCUUCGUACGGAAACGGACGUGCCCAAACCAACGGCCAUCCUCCCAGUCCAGCUACCACGCCCCCAGAUCUUCCGAGUGAUUUUCAAAUACACAACUACUCCGACGGGUUUUUGAACCUCACCAAGAAGGAGGUCGACGCCCCAGAGGUUGAAACAAAUUCCUUUGCUAGCCUCAACAUCUCCAACACCAUGUCCAUCUGGCUCCGCGAGCCCGAACGAAUGAGACAAGAAACUGGCGAAGAAUUCAACGACGUCUUCGCCAAACUUCCUGCCGAUAUCGAGUCACGGAAACGUCCGCUACAAGUUGAGAGCAAGAAGCUCUCACUUGGACCCGACACGGUUCUGCCUUGGCAAUAUCUGGCAACUCCCGCGGCUAUCGAAAAAGACGUGCCUUUGAUUGAGCUCAACGGCCAAAUAGGAUUUCAGAAGGACUACUGCGCGGAGCCAGCCAACCUUUGGGAGGAGUUGUCCUCCCCUCUGCCAUUUGUAUUUUUCCACCCGAUGCUUCCGCUUUACAUCGACACCAGGCGAGAGGGAUCGAAGGCCCGGUUUGUCCGCAGAAGUUGCAAGCCAAACGCUGUCUUGGACACGUACCUGAACGGUCAAUCGGAAUACCACUUUUGGCUCGUGAGCGAUCGCUAUAUCGCAGCGAAUGAGCAAAUCACCUUGCCGUGGGACUUCAGACUUCCGAAGAAGGAAAAAGCACGCAUUCUCCAUCUCCUUGGACUGGGCGACGACGACACCCGCGCGAGCGACGAACCUGAUAUGAACGACGUCGAGUACCAGCGGAUUUCCGGUUGGGUCUAUCGAAUUCUCUCGGAAUACGGUGGAUGUGCGUGCGACUUGGGUGCCAACUGUGCUUUCGCCCGUUUCCACCGCCAUUACCACGCAAAGAUGCAGUCUCGACCCAUUGCCCCAAAGAAGAAGAGGAAGGCCAAGACACAUACUAUCUCCCCAACAAGUACUGGUCAGGCUACAAAUAGCCGAGCGGCUAGUGAAGGUCAUCAAGACGACCCCGAGGCUGAUGGCAAGUCGGUUUCCGAACGCAGCAAACCUCCCAGCCGAGAUCGUACCCCCGCACGCCAGGGCUCACUGGAUCGACCGGGCAUACUCACCGAGCCUACAGACAGGGACAAGAGGAAGGUCCAGAUGGUAGAAGAUUCAUUCCGCCGACUGGAGCAACAACCGCCCCGCAAGAAGAAGCGUACUUCUGAUGGAACCGGAUCGACCAAGUCGAAGCAGAAGUCCACGACCAGCAAUGCCUCGACGGGCACGGGCAACUACGUGGACGCUGGCACUUCACGCAGCAAGUCAAAUUCACCUGUCAAUGGGGCGUCCCCUCCGGGGCAAAACCCCUUCAAGGCACCUGCAUCCCGAAACGGGUCCAUCGCGACACAGUCGGGACGUGAGUCUUCGGCGCCUCGUCCAGUCUACUGCGACGCUGGCGUUCAAACCGAUCCCGUGGAAGGAGAGUGGUACAGUGAACCAGCUCUGACGCCGAAGCCUCGCCGCCGAAUCAUUUCUCUCUCUCAACGAUUGCUGAACAACAGGCAUCGUUUGCGGUGCGAUGAAGCCGAGAGACGGAAAUCACUCCCGACACCCUCGGUUCCAGAGCCUUCGACGACACCAAUGGACAUCGAUUCUACGGCGGACCAGAAAGCAACAUCAGUCAGCUCACCCACACCAUCGAAGGAUACCAAUGAGCAAGGGCCCAACAGUUCUCCCCUGGCCCCAUCGACCAGUGACAUUCCCAUGACUGAUGCGCCAACAAGCUCGCCAUCUGCAGCAAAGUCACCAGUCCAAGCCGAGCCAUCUGCUGAUGUCCAAGUCAAUGGAGCCAGUAGCCCACUGAAAACCAAGUCGCCUGAGCUCAGGGUACAAAUGCCACCAGUUCCGGCGUUCAACGGACCCACAACAGGACCAGCGAGCGCGACAACGCCCUCUUCGGCCAGCACCACGGUGCAGUCGCCUUUCUCCACGGGCACCCUUCCCAGCCCAUUUGCACCGUCAGUUGUCAACGGCGUCGCGGCACACCCGAGCCCAGUCAAGAAGAAGCUGAGCCUGAGCGAUUACACCAAGAGUCGAAUGAACAAGAAGCCAGCUGGCGGACUGAAGACGUCGCUAACGGGAACCGAAGAGUCCAAGCCAAAUCUGGACUCCAUUGUUGGUUCGCCAGCGACGGAGAAGAGCGCUGAGACCCUGCCACCUAUUCAGGGCAAGGCGGUCAACUCUAUUCCGGCAGUGGCGGCAGCGAACAAUUCCUUGUAA